UCGCGGACAGCUUAUCGGGCCUGCCAGCUGAGAGAGCGGAAGGCAUCGCGCGUUUAUAAGCUCCCACCCAUCGGACGAAGGCGGAAGACGCGCGGGGCUCGUGACCGCGCCACACGAAACAGUGACCGCUUCCUGCGACGCUGGGAGCUCGCGAGGCGUCCGGAACCCCAUGCCUGCCAAGUGGCAUGCCCACAGACGAUGCCAGCGCUUCGCCGGACGCGUCGCAGCCUCCACGGAGUCGAUUCAGCAUGCUCAAUGCUCUCAGCUCUCUGGUGGCUGCGGCCAGCACGGGUCUCCAGCAAAUUGGCGGCGCAGGGACAACCGCGUCAUCGGUCACUUCACCGCCGGCCCCGACGAGCACCACCGAGGACAACCUCAAGAGUGUGCAGCUGCCCCGGUACACCUUGAACGACGUCUGCCAGCACUGCCGCCACGACGACUGCUGGCUGGUCAUUCACAACAGGGUCUACGACGUCACCUCAUUUCUGACACAGCAUCCGGGCGGGGUGGAGAUUCUCUGGGAGCACGCUGGCAGGGAUGCCACGUUGGCCUUCAUGGGCACUGGACACACACGCGACGCUGUCGCCCUGCUGCACCAGUACUGCAUAGGGAUUCUGGUUGAGGAGGAACAUAUGAACAUUUUCAACGACGUGUCCAUGCAAGUAGCUCUGACAGCGACCUCCUAAAGGUGCGGCUAGACAACAUAGAUGCCAAAGUACCUGUCUAUGAAACAUGACCAUUUUACAAUCACUCCUCCUACGGAUCUCAUCGUACUUCGUGUACAUUUUGUUUUCUUAAUUGUACAGCGCUUAAUGCUAUUUAUUGCCUUGAUCUUUCACAAUAAAUUACGGAGAGCAUGCUUGAA